AAUGCACAGCCAAUAUGGCCGCAUUAAAGUUAACGUUCCUAAGGUUAGCCAUUUCGGUGCAUGAACCUUCCAAGUACCGACGUCACACUCAAUACCAGCAAGUCCAACGCCAACCCGGUAUUAAUGUCUAUUUUUAAGACGUUGACGUGUAUGCCUUCCUACCGUCGGAUUGAUUCAGUAUUUCGGAGACGCAUCAACGAAUUUCAUCGAUUCUCUAUCGUGUCCGAGUCUAGUGAGUGGAGUUUAACGAAAGAAUAAUAGCUGAAGCCGGUACGAUAUAAAAUGCGUGAUAAUAAUUCUUACUGUGUGUGUUUAACCUAUGGAGAGUAAAUGUAUGGAUCUUAAAAUUUCGUGAAUGUUCUGCUUAUUUAUCCGGGGUAAAAGUGACAGGUGCCCUAGAGAGGAGGGAACCUUCAUAUUUCACGCUCCUGACGUCUGAAGUGUUGAACGAGUUAUCUGACCGGUCGCGACGAUGCGUAGCUUCCAAGGCUGAAGGUGGGAAAUUGUCGGUGAGGCGCAUCCUCACUGGAUUUAUCGAUGGCGCCGUCUUGAUGCGAGCCGGAAAAGAGUGCUUGGCGCUGUUCGCCGGCCGUCAGGCUGAAACCUGGCGAGUCCCGGUGCUUCGGCAAGGACGACCUUAGAAGGACAGACUUCGGGACGUCCUCGGAGGACAUCACGAUCGUCAGAGAUCGCUGCGUCGACGUUAACGUUGCUGAGGACAGCCACUUUCGCAUCCUCCAACCCCUCGUGGCCGCACCAUUACCUGAUAAGAGCUGGAGAAGCGGCCGCAGCCGCAGCAGCCUCAGAGCUCCGAGGAGCUGGAGGAUUUGCAGAAAUUGCUUCACUUCCCCGAGGAAGUGGCCCUCAGAUUGACGGAGUGCGAGUAUCAGCUAUUUUAUCAGGUACCACCUAGCGAAUACCUUCGACACGUGGCUCAGGAUCUAACCGUGAGUUCGCCGAAGCCGCCAAGACCGCCGCCAUCGCCAAGUUACUCUUACACCCCCAGUACGACCAACAGCUCGACGCAAACCGAGGGCGAAGCCUCGUGGCCUGGGAGCGGUCUGACUCCAGUCUUCUCCUCCGUGCAGACCCUUAUCAACCGCUUUAAUGAGGUGAGCUCAUGGGUGACGCACGUCAUCACCAAUGGCGCUACUGUAGAAGAACGACAGGCUGUGCUAUCCUGCCUGCUGCGAGUGGCGCAGACCUGCUGGAAUACUGGAAACUUUAAUUCGGCCAUGGAGAUAGUAGCCGGUCUCAAGUCGAAUAAGCUCAAGCCCUUCUGGCAGAGCGUGAACGAGCCACUUCCGGUAUUGGAAUACCUCUCAUCAGCGCUUCUGUCUUCCGAAUAUGAACGCGCUCUCGCACGUGCCCUGGCCAUGCCGGAAUGUCCUGUCGUGCCCUUUUUCGGUGCUUUUCUGCGCGAGCUACGCGAAGCCAUCGCCUCGGCUUCGAAGUAUCCGGCCGAGUGUAAAGAGACUUUGCAUGCUAGCAGUAAGGAUAAAGAGGGUGAAACCCUCGAAAACGUGCCUUCAUCCUCGCCUGGCGCGAGGAUCAGUUUGGAAAGUAAUACGGAGGCACCGUCAGGGUGGAGUUCGAGGGGUAGUUCCUUAAGGAGGCUCGACCCGGUGAACGUCAACGCGAACACGAGCAAUGACACGAAGGCGGUCCUUGACAAAGUCGCCCGUUUCCAUCAGCAUCAUCAUGCGAGGGGCAGGGACGCAAGUACUGGUUCCCUUCACCGUACACUGAGCAUACACACCACAGCCCUGGAGCAGACUUAUAUGGCUGAAGAGUGCGAUGAGAAUGAUUAUCAUCUUGACCUUGAUACCUACAAGCCGGUUCAACCCCUAACCAUUGACCAUGGUGUCGCCCUAUUUCCGGUUGCCGCACCGCACACGGGAAUGGAUCUUCAUCUCCUGCAGGUAUUACAUCACGGCACAACCCUGGUACACUGGGACUGCGAAAGUGGGACUUCCAGGACUGCCCUAGUUUUUGCCAGGAUUGAUAGAGCCUGCGGGACCUUCAUCUGGGAGAAGCCACCCUGGAGUCCUCUGAAGACUGCCGGUGUACCACCUACGUCCACCGAGUAUUCGCUGACUAUCAAUCCGGAAGAUACUGUACCAGCUGGUCUGGUUGCCAAGUAUGCUAGUCAGCAGUCCGAUUGCGCCGCGGUCACCCUCGAGGAUGGAUAUCUCGACCUCAGUUCCGUCAAAGAGGUCAUGAUCGGAUGCUGUGAGAGAGAUCGGGAGGCAGACUUACGCAUGAUAUGCAAGAGAUACGGACUACCUGGUUCGGAUUCUUGCAUUGGAAUGAUGUAUGGCACCUCUAUCUCUGAUAAUCGCCUCAUCUUUCUACUCUGCCCUCCAGCCCUCAGCAAAAUAUGGUACAUGGGACUUUGUUGGAUGCUACGAGGAUUGAAACGUCAACAACAACUUACCGACAGAAGAUCCCGUUGGCUCAAGGAAAAAUAUUUACAACUGUAUUACGAGGAGGGUUGCCUUGAGCCAAUGACAGCUGAUGCCAUUCGAGUCUUUGGUGGUCGCGACUGGUCGAUGACUGACAGUGUUGGUACCUUGUCACCGACUGGUAGUGGGACAUUUCGUCGUAGGAAUGUAAAAGGAAAAAAAACCAAGUCUAUUGGAAAUAUUCAUGCUUUAACGAAGGAACUGAGUUUUAAGCAGUACGAUUCCUCGUCGUCCGAUGGUGGUUUAACGACGGCACCUAUACGACAUAUUACUGGCAGCAGAGAAUCCCUAACCAGAAUCAUACCAGCAUCCCCAAGAUCCAGCAGGGAGCGUGCAACACCACGAAGUCCACCAGGUUCAGCUGAAAGAAUCGUUACUCCAAACUUACCAUAUUCUAGUUUACAGAGUUUAUUAUGUCUUGCCAGAGAGAAGGACCGAAAUGGAUCGAGCGGGAUGACCGCUGGUUCUGAAGCUCCAUGGCAAGUUAAGGCUCGUGCCACUUCAAUCAUGUAUGAAACGCAAUUGAACUUCGUUGAAUUCGUUGCGCUCUUUCGUUCAUUCAGUUUGAGAGCCAGGAAGGACCUGAGGGACCUCUUCGGACAGCUGGCUAUCACAUGUCGAAGCCAGAGCGAUGGCUCCCUCAGGGACUUCAAUGCUCGUCCAUCCGUACUGCGACAAACAAGUGAUGCAACCCCACAACGAAUUGGUCUUCUCACGAGAAAUAACUCUAUAGACUCUCACGAAUACAAAACCACCAGUAAUUUACAUAAAAAGCAAAUAUUUGACGCCGUUGCCGCAGCGAGUAUAGUGAACAACUGUUCAGGAGUAGACACAUCAAAGUCUCAAGUUAUUACCUUAGCGACCUUCACGAAGUUCUUGGAGUCGCGACAACAGGAGAAGCUGACGGAUGAGGAGAUCAAAGCUCUGGUCAAGAGACACGAACCGGAUCCGGCCCUACGUAUACAGUGGUGUUUGUCUUUCGAGGGUUUCGCUCGGUACAUGAUGGACAAGGACAAUUACGCCUUUUCGAAUGAAUACGCAACCCCUUCUGAGAGUGAGAUGCAGCAACCCUUAUCCCAGUAUUAUAUAGCAAGUUCUCACAAUACUUACCUGACCGGUCACCAACUCAAGGGUGAAUCUUCGGUACAGCUUUACUCGCAGGUCCUUCUGACGGGAUGUCGAUGCGUAGAACUUGACUGUUGGGAUGGCGACGAUGGUUCUCCUCUGAUUUAUCAUGGACACACGUUCACGACCAAAAUACCAUUUAGAUCAGUUGUCGAGGCAAUUGAUAGAAGCGCCUUCGUCACGUCCCCAUAUCCGGUUAUCUUGUCGCUAGAGAAUCAUUGCUCGCAAAGUCAGCAGGCACGCAUGGCGCAGAUAUUUCAGACGGUUUUCGGAGAGAAGCUGGUAACAAAAUUUCUUUUUGACACGGACUUUGGAGAAGACCCACAACUACCUUCCCCGUCGCAGUUACGUUAUAGAAUUCUUAUAAAAAAUAAGAAAUUGGUUGUCGAUCCCGGUGGUCCCUUGGCUCAUGCUCCACUUGUUCAUCGUGGGAAAAUGCUCAUGACCGAUCGUGCUUCCUCUAUGAAACAGAUGAGAACUGAUAUGAGUAGUACUUCGGUAGUAGAAUACUUCAGUGAGGAUGAGGACGACGAGGAAGAUGAUGACGAGGACGAUAACGUGGAUGAUAAUUGUUUCGUUACAGACAAUUCAAUAUCAAGCUAUGAGAGAUAUUUGGGAGCUAGUCAACUUUCUCAUGGUCGCUUAAAGUCUGAUCCAGCAGUGGACGACAAGUCGCAGAAGCAAAGUAGUCAAAUAGCUAAGGAGUUGUCAGACUUGGUGAUUUAUCUUCAAGCAAUUAAGUUCCGUGGUCUGAAUACAACACCGGGAACAUGUCCCACGGGAAGAACACGCCACUCGGGGCAUACCGGACCUGGGCAGAGACACAGUAUAGCUGGAAUAGGUACCAGUGGAAUAGCAUCAUCCUCAGGAUCACCUCAGUCCUUAUCUACGUCGGCAUCUAUUGCCAGUGGAGGCAGUAACAUUGAAUACCUAUUCAGGUCUACUCGUGGAGUACCAGCUUGCUUCCAAUGUUCAUCCUUGAACGAGAGUGCUGCAAAGAAGAUCUGCAGGAAGCAACCCUUAGGAGUAGUUGCUCAUGCCGAGACUCAGCUGAUCCGUACCUAUCCAGCUGGAAUGCGAAUUGACUCUUCGAAUUUCAAUCCCGUGAUAUUCUGGGCCUUUGGUAUUCAGAUGGUAGCUCUGAAUUACCAAACAGACGAUGCAGCGCUGCACUUGAAUGCUGCCAUGUUUGAACAGAAUGGACAGUGCGGUUAUGUAAGGAAACCGUCUGUAAUGUGGGACAAGGGUCAUAUGAUGUACAGAAGAUUUAAUCCUUGGGAUAAGGAAUUCGAUGGGCUUCAUUCGGCCCACUUAACCCUCUCCGUGGUCUCAGGACAGUAUGUGUCACCGUCAAACCUUCUGACGAGCACCUACGUUGAGAUAGAACUAGUAGGUAUACCGAUAGACUGUGCCAAACACAAAACCAAAGUGAUCCAGAACAACGCGCUCAACCCAAUUUGGAACGAGAAGUUCUGUUUCCAAGUAAUGUUUAAGGAUCUCGCUUUUUUAAGAUUUAGCAUAGUCGAGGCAAGCUCUCAUCAUCUGAUAGCUCAGAGGGUAUUACCACUGAAGUGUCUUCGACCUGGAUACAGACACGUGAGGUUACGCUCCUGCAAGAAUAAACCCCUAGCCCUUUCGACGCUCUUCAUAUACUCUCGACUGGAGGAAGAAAGUCUGGACUACAACACGUGCUGUCGUGAUCACAAGGAGUCCAAGAGGCCAUCCUCUGGGAAGGAACCUGAAAAACUGAGUAGCGUAGAUCCUGGACUCGGCGGAGUAACGCUGAAGAGAAGAAUGUUCUUCCUGAUGGUGUAUCACGUAAUACCGGAAGAGCCAUAUACAAUACUUAAGGUCACCCAGGAGAGUACCACGCAGGAAGUGAUGCUACAAGCUCUGCAAAAAGCUGGGAUAUCCCCAGAUCACGUUGACGACUAUAUACUCGUAGAAGAAGUAUCACGAGGAUGGGAGAAGCGGGAUCGCGAAGAGCUGCCUACCCAAAGAGUCCUAGACCCGACCGAGCAUCCUCUUCAGGCGCAGGCGUUGUGGAAAGGUCAAGGUCGGUUCCUUUUGAAACGCGUCGGGGAUGAUCCUAGUAGUAGAGCUUGGCUAGCCUCCAUCAGGAGUACAGCAGGGCAUUCGAAACUCAGCGAUAACACUCCACGAGAUCAAUCAACCCAUAUAUGGGACGAGGCUGAUACCUUCCUCGUUUGCAUAUACAACGUUUCACCCGAGAUACCCUACGCCAUAUUGCGCGUACCAGUCAGUAGUUCAGCCCAGGAUGUUCUGGCCCAAGCGCUGGUGAAAGCACGUAGAAUGGAAGAUCCUAUGAAGUUCGCCCUGGUCGAGGAACUCGAAUGGGGUGGUGCAGGGGCAGUAGGUAGUGGAAGUAGACAACUUAGGGUGUUACGAGACGAUGAAAAUGUAUACAGUACUCAAGCCUUCUGGAAGACCCUGGGCAGAUUUAUCCUUAGGGAAAGAGAGCAGGCCAUACCUAGACGACAUCUUCUACCAGCUACCUUGGACAGGCUCAGUAAGGGCUUCUCGGUAGGCCGAUCCGUAUCUUUACCAGGAUCGAGUAAAGAAAAGGUCCCUGUGGCUGAAGCUCUGUCCGACCCUACAUCCCGGGGACUGAGGCAUCGACUGCUAUUACCCGGUCGCCGAAGAGAGGUUCACUCCGACGGAGAAGAGUCACGAGAAUCGGAUAUCCUAAAUGCCGCCCUACAUCUAAAGAAAGUUUCUUUAAGAAAAUUUCGUGUCUGGAGGUCUUAGUGGAGAACCUGGGGCUCGUCGAUCUCCACUGUCCUUCUUAUACAAAGAAAUGACGGAUCGACGCAGCCGUGCACCAGCCAAUCGCACGCCUUUCCAUAAUAUCUUCAUGACCAACGGAAUUGCGUGCCUUUUCUCAAAUAAAUGGCACCGUAUCGUCUUCGAGAUUUCAAUAACGAGAUCUUACAAUGAAGCAUCUAUCGUCUUUAACUUUCUGACGGUAAACAAAAAAUCGAUUAGACAUCUUUUACGAGUUAAGAAAAAACAACCGAGAUGGCUUCGCGCAGAUAGAAAGAUUCGAGGAUUAUCGGUGAUAAAUCCGUAUAACAAGAAAAUGAAGAAGCAAUAAAUUCUGUAAGUUUCGUGCAAUUCUUUCGUAUCGGUAUAACUAAUAAGAGUCUUACGUGGUGACACGUGAGACAACGAAGGCAUAAACUUUUGGCUUUACGUUAUUUUUCUGCAACGAAUAGACUACGAAUAUAGGUAUUCGUCAUUAUUAUUUUACCGUUUCUAACGUCUCAUUUUUUUUAACAUACAAAACGAUCCCUGUGAAUUCUAAUCGAAGCCACGAAGAUUUUAUCCCAGUGUAUGCGUUUCACACGCGGAUACGAAUAGUCACUUGAGGCAAGUUAUACAUCGCCCGAUGAGCCAAUUACCAAAGAGAUUAAUGAAAAUUGUUAAUUGACCUAUAAAAAGAAAAAAGUAUAUGAGAAACUGGAUGUACCCCUGACAGAGGAGUACGUCGUCGCGACGUCUCUCGCUUAGAUAAUCUAGUGCAAGAUCUCAUAUAAUUAACGAUAUCUUACUAUUUAACGAUCAUAUCUACCUUGUAUCGUUACACUAGAAAAUAGAUUAAUGUAUCGUUUCUCGUUUGAAUUUGAAAUGUUUUUUCUUUAUUCGCCAUACUUUAUCACACUCUGAGAGUCCACAUGGUGAUACGUAUCUAACAUAUAUCUACGCAAGAGAAAAAAAAAAAAUUCGCGACAGGGAAUUAAUAUUAUAAAAAUUAGCCAAUUACAGAUAUUCAGAGUGCGCAAGUUAAAGUCGGCCAUAAGGUACAGACGGAAAGAAAAAAAAA